AUGGGGAACGAGGCUAGCAUGGAAGGGGAGGGACAGGCGGGACAAGGCGGCCCAUGCGCCGUUCCUGCAGCGGGUGCUCCGGCUUCCAUUUCAGCACCACCGGACUCUGGACAGCUCAUCAAGCCGAGCAAUGGAGCGCCUGCCGGGGGAAGUGCCUCUGGACCCGGCCCGGGGAUUAACAGGUCACCUGCAUCUGAACAGGGACCCAAAUCAGGGGUACACAGCAGUCAUGGGACAGGGGACAGGCUGGCCUCUCAUGACACCCCACCUGCUGCCCCAUCCUACGGGGAGCAGGGCCAUGGUCAUGUGUCCAGGAAGAACUUACACGUGGACGUGGGUAGCAGCCGGACUGGGAGGUCUCCUUCGGUAUCCCCCGACCGAGGCUGCACCCCUACCUCUCCUUAUUCUGUGCCUCAAAUAGCACCCAUGCCCAGCAGCAAGCUGUGCCCCGUCUGUAAAACGGCCGACCUGACUGGCACUGGUGAUGACAAGCCAAGCUUCAACACCUGCACUCUGUGCCGCUCCAUGGUGUGCAACCAGUGUGGCUUCAACCCCAACCCUCACCUCACUGAAGUUCAGGAGUGGCUAUGCCUGAAUUGUCAGAUGCAGAGAGCGUUGGGUAUGGAUAUGACCACACCACGUUCCAAAAGUCAACAACAGAUAAACUCUCCUUCUCAUGCUGCCAAACCAGAACUCAAACCUGAUCCUUCUUCUCAGCUGUCCCCUCAGACACAGACAAGUCCUCAGAUUCAGCCAGGACAGACACAUCAACCUCCUGGAGCUUCUAAACAGACUGGCCCAACUCAGCAGCCAACAAAGUUGCCUCCAGGAGCAGUGCCUCUCCCUGGCAUGGCCAAAGCCCCGUCCCAGCCUGAUUUGUCCCGAAACUCCCCAGCCCACCAAACCCACCACUCCCGCCAAGACCAGACACGCAGCGCCGGCAGCUCUCCUUCACGACAUCCUCCUCCUCCUGAGCAGACUUUUGGGAAAUUAUUUGGCUUUGGUGCUUCUCUUCUUAACCAAGCCAGUACACUUAUAUCUGAGACCACUCAACCCCAACAGCAACCCCCGAAAACGGCCCCCAAACCAGGUGGACACCAGGGUCCAGGACCUGGGCCACCUAAGCAUUCGGCACCUCAAUCUGGUCAACAAGGGCCACGAGCGCCACCUCAGCACCAAACCGCUCCUCCAGAUUCCUCCAAACCGAAAGUUGCAUGUCCUCUUUGCAAAAUGGUCCUUAACAUUGGCAACACAGCUGAACAACCCAACUAUAACACUUGUACCCAGUGCCACUCCAAGGUGUGCGACAAGUGCGGAUUCAACCCCACUCCACACCUAGUCGAGAAACAAGAAUGGCUCUGCUUGAACUGCCAGACACAGAGGGCUCUGUCAGGAAGUUUGGGAGACAUUCCAGGUCCUGCAGCAUCUAAUCAGCAACCACCUCAGCAGAAGGACGCUGUUCCACGUUCAGGGCCAAGGCCCACAGGUCCUCAGCAGCAACAGAAACCACUUGGUCCCCAAGUAAGUGGCCCUGCUUCUCCUAUGAAACAGGCUGAGCAGUCCCCUCAAACCAAGGGAAUACGACAGGCUUCUCCUCCUACCAAGGGUUCUACCCAGUCUGUUGCUCAAGCCAAGGGUUCCUCUCAAUCAGUAUCUCAAAGCAAGGGUUCAGCACAACCCCCUGUCCAGGGUAAAGGACAAUUUCAAAAUAAAGGCCCUGCUCAAAAUAAGGGUUCAGCUCAGUCUGGUAACCAAACAAAAGUACAGAGCCAGGCUAAAGGGCAAUCUCCGGCAAAGGGAUCUGCUCAGCCCACUGCUCAGGUUAAAGGUCCAUUGUCUAGUGCCAAGGUUGCAUUCACCCCUAAAGCAUCACCCAAUUCCAAGGCCCCACCAACUUCAUCAAAAACAGCACCUACCCAGGCUAAACCCACAGGUACACCUCAGGCCCGCAAACAGACGCCAAACCAGGAAAAGACCAAGAUCCCUGCUAAAUCUGUAAAGGAGGAUGUCAAGGCCUCACCAAAGAAAGCCUUGUCAGAGGCUGUCACUUCACCAAAAGACUCGAAGAUAGCAGAAGAUCUGCAAAAGUCAAGACACCGAGACGAUUACAUAAAAUCAAGUACACAGAGUUUAAGUGACACUGGAUACUCCUCAGAUGGGAUCUCUGGAUACCAGGGGGAGAUUAUUGGUCAGAUUCAUGAAGAAGCGGUCAAGCUCAAUGAGAGGGGUGUGCCCAUUUCCUCUGAAAUCACCAAGUUAGAGACAUCAAUGAAGCCUCUAUUGGAGUCAAAGGCUGCAUCGGACCAGAAGCAUAGGCCUUAUUCGCUAUCUGUUGGACAGGGACGUGACAUUAGUCCAGAUGAUGAUGCAGCAAGAGAUGAAUCAGAUGAUGAGCUCAGCUGUAAGCUUCGUCAUGAUUAUGUGGAAGACAGCAGUGAGAGUGGUCUCUCGCCAUUGCCAGUAAGACAAAAGAAGUCACAUAAAGAUUUAACAGAUGAAGAGUUUAUGAGGAGACAAAUCAUGGAGAUGAGUGCCGAUGAAGAUGAGGAAUAUGGAGACCAGAAAGCUAAAAAAGGACAUAAAACAAGUGGGGAUUCAAACAAAGAUAGACGACGACUCCCCCACCAUUCUAGUAGUUUCGAGGAUGCAGCCAAAGAAUCAGAAGGGUUGUAUAAGGCAGAAGAAGAAGAAGAUGUUGUGAUGGCUGGGGGUCUUCGCCGCUUUAAGACAAUUGAGUUAAAUAAUACUAACAGUUAUAACAGAGAAAUGGAACUCAGUGCUGAGCAUGACUUAAGAGAACCAGAACUAGAGAUGGAAAGUCUAACAGGUUCACCAGAAGAGAGAUCCAAAGGAGAAUAUUCAUCCACUUUACCUGCUACCACUCCCAGCUACACUUCAGGAACAUCACCCACAUCUGUGUCAUCCAUGGAGGAUGACAGCGACAGCAGCCCUAGUCGAAGAGCAAGACUAGAGGAAGCAAAACAGCAGAGAAAAGCCAGACAUCGCUCACAUGGGCCAUUGCUGCCCACCAUUGAGGACUCCUCUGAGGAGGAUGAACUCAGAGAGGAAGAAGAGCUCUUAAGAGAACAGGAACAAAUGAGAGAUCUUGAACAACAAAGGAUUCGAAGUACUGCUAGAAAAACAAAAAGGGAUAAGGAGGAACUACGAGCACAGAGACGCCGGGAAAGAUCCAAAACACCUCCCAGUAAUCUGUCUCCAAUUGAGGAUGCAUCACCAACUGAGGAACUGAGACAGGCUGCUGAGAUGGAAGAGCUCCACAGGUCAUCAUGUUCUGAAUACUCACCCUCAAUGGACUCUGAAGCAGAAGGUUUUGAGAUCAUAGGAGGAAAGCUCUACAAAUCUGGGAAUGAAUAUAAUCUUCCAACUUUUACCUCCCUCUACUCUCCAACAGAGAAGACACCAUCUAUGACUUCAGCUGAUAAAACACUAAAAAGUGCCGAGGAAGUUUAUGAGGAAAUGAUGAAGAAAGCCCAGCUCCUUCAGAAACAAGGAAAAAAUGUUGCACAGCAGAAGCAUUCUCUAACUGAAAAUGCAAACCUUGAAACUGGUUCGGCCUUAACCCCAGGAUCUAGUCCAACCCAGAUUUCUGCACCAAUGUCCUUCUCCACAACAGGAAAUGACCCACGUAUAUCAGGAAUUCAUGCAGGGCAUCUAUCAAAAGAAACUCAAAAUAGGUUGGUGUCACAGAGUGCCAAAAUUGAAGGUGUUGUUGGAGGAGUUACCACAACCAAAAUGCAAGGCAGUCACACCGCUACAACUCGAAAUGCAGCUGGUGUGGGCUCACAACGGCCAGCACAGGCAUCACCAGACUCUGCAUCAUCAUCUCUAACCUAUAAGGUUUUCUCCCUUUUCAAAGGUCCCAGCCCACAAGCCUCACCCACCACUUCUCCUGUUCAAAGCCCAACACACUCACCAGUUGUACGUCCCACGGGAAGUGGUGGUAGGCAGUUGCCAACAUUGCCUGGCGGGCCAUCAACAACUAUAGCUUCCCAUGGAGCUCCAAGGUCUAAUUCACCUCGUCUUGUACGACAACAGUCCUCUCAAGAUUCACCAGUGAUGGCAAUAACACUUGGGUCUGCAACACCUAAUUCUGCCAAGCCUGUUACUGUAAAUUCAUCCACUUCACCAUUAUCAUCACCUACACAGGUUAGCUAUAAAACCCUGUAUAGCUCCCAGCAAUCAUCCGCAAGUUCACCACCUUUACCACAAAUGCAUCUGUCCCAGCAGUCCCAAAAACAUUCUUCACACAUGGGUCAAAAUGUUGAAAAAACAAAUGUUUCCAGUGGUUUACAGAGUCAUGGUUCAUUUUCCAUGGAAAAUAUAUCUCAAUGUAAAACAGAAACCUCAUUGGGCAUGGGUCAGAGCCAACCCCAUCCAACUACUAUUGUGGAUCUAAGAGCCCCAAUUAGAUCCGCCCCAAUUAUAAUGACAGAGCAAGGGAUGGAUCUAACAUCCCUAGCUUCCGACUCACGAAGGUAUUCUAUGGGAACAGAACAGCCAUCUGUUCGGCUAACAGCAGUCCAACCUCUUAUCAUGAACCUGAAUGCACAAGAGCAGCGACAUGUAUCUGCCUCAACAACAGUAAGUGUAACAGUUGCAGGUUCUAUGUACUUGUCUCAACCCAAACAAGCAGUUGUCUAUGGCGAUCCUUUGCAAAAUCGUGUAGAUUUGGGGCAGGGUGUGGGAUCAGCUGUGUGUUUAUCCCAGAGUAAGACACCAGUUUCAGAUCCAUUUAUUCCCAAAAUUGAUGCUUGCCUUGAGAACCUUGGCAUUCAACAGCAGCAACUGCAAUUACAACAACAAAAGCUCCUGCAGCAGCAACAGCUUCUUGAGCAGCAGCUUCAGCAACAUCAACAGCAAUCUUCUUUUGCCCGUUUCAAUUUAGCAAAUAACACUCCCCUUGUGAUUAAAAAGGAUCUUGUAGUCAAUCAGACAACCAGUUCACAACCUGUAGUUACAGCGAGAGUUGCUCCAUUAGCUACCCAACCUGUAUGUAAUGCCCCUCAUGAAAUUUAUGGUGGGGUCGCUCUAGAGCUCCAAAAUAAGCCGACAGUAAUGAAUCUGUCCACAGGAAAGCCCCAUGUUAUGAUGGUUCAACUUGAUGAGAGUAAAACAUCACAGGCAGGAGCAGUGACUCAGCUAUUAAAAAAAGAGGAUCCUCCUCCCGCCCCUCAAGUAUUGGAUUUAACUGGACAGAUCAAACCAGAAAACCAAGUUGCAUGUUGUGAUGUCGUAUACAAUUUGCCAUUUCCUGGUUCAUGUGCAGGGUCAUUCACUCAGAAACCAACGACAGUAUCACCUGAUAAAAAAACAAUCACGGAGACAUCCAAAGCACCAACCCUUUCUCAUCCUGCCCAUUACAAUAAUAGUCAACAGCAGCAACUUCAGGCUACACAGGGUGUUAAAGAAGAAAAUAAAACAUACCAAACACCAGUAAUUCCGUCGGGAAGAAUACAACCCUCCAUGUCUGAUACUAAUCUACCCACAAUGACUGAUGCUAGUCACUGCCAGAUGAAUAUUAAGGGGAAUAUGGCAGUAGAUCUUAGCAAUAUCAAUCAAACUUACGAUAGUGGAUACUUCAGCAUGGGAGCUCAGUAUGGAUCAUACACUGAUUUGCGUCACCAAGGAGAUAUCGCAGGUCCAACAUUACCCAUGCGGCGUUAUGGUUCACUUUCAAAUAUCAAUUCCGACUACAGCUAUGGGUCAAAGGAGAUAACAGGACCACAUGACUCGAAUCUGGCUCAAUUGAGUGCAACCACUGCAAGGGAAAUUAAUCAGAUGUGUUCCGCGCUUAACACAGUAGAUCAUUUUGCAACACGAUUUGGGCAUAAUCCUGAACUGCUACCUUAUGCAGUUGGUAGAGGUGCGCAUUUAGGUAGGCUAAAUCUCCAGCAAAGUCUAGCAUCAAUAAGAGCAAGCCUGAUGUACGGCACAGAUGGAAGAGCCUUGGCAAAUGGUCAAACCCUAACAAACCUAAUAAAUGCAAGACAGGCAAGUAUACGUGCCCUGUAUCCUGCUGCUUUGAGAGGAGGUGAUGGCAUGAUUUAUUCUACCAUAAACACUCCUAUAGCAUCUACGUUGCCAAUUACUACCCAGCCAGGCCCUGUUCUUCACCCCAUGCCUAGAGGAAUUUACAGGCCAUACCCUACCGGUGUAACUGCUGUACCAUUAGCUAGUCUUACCAGGUUGCCUCAAAUUAAUCCCAAAACAACAGUGGCCACACAAGGAACAUAUCCACAUCCUCCUCCUAACCAAUACACAACCACCACCUCUGGAAGUAUCUCUACUUUAAGCACCUCACAAGAUGAAACUCCCAUGUAUCUUGGAAAGCCUUCAACUGCAGCUCCAAUAAUUCCACCACCCCAAGUUGGCUCACCGCAAAAUACAUUAGGAGCUGGUAUGUUACCUGUUACAGUUCAACAAACCAAUCAGACUCAACAUACUUCACAAAUGUCUCUAUCUCAAAGUCAAGGACAACUUCCAACUGUCAAACCAGCACAGAUGCAGCCACAGCAGUUACCUGCUCAAACUGAACCAUUAUCAUUAACCCAAACACAUCUUCAGGCUCAAUCCAUCAGUCAACCCCAACACCCUGUUUUGACACAUGGUAAUAUCACAACCUGUGUUACUGGCUCUACGUCAAAAUUAUCUCCUCCUACUGAUGCUCAAAAAGAUAAAGAAGAUGAAAGGCUGAGUCAGCAACAAGAACACAUGCUGCAGCUAGAGCGAGAGCGUGUUGAAUUGGAAAAAUUGAGGCAGCUGCGCCUUCAUGAGGAGCUUGAGCGAGAUCGUAUGGAGCUUCAGCGACACAGAGAAAAAGAACAACUAAUUGUUCAGCGUGAAAUUCAAGAAUUGCAGACCAUCAAGCAACAGGUCCUACAACAACAGCAAGCAGAGCGGGAGACUCAGCUUAUAAUGCAAAGAGAGCAACUGGCCCAGCAGAGAAUGCAGCUUGAACAAAUUCAAUCUCUGCAGCAGCAACUCCAACUGCAGCUGGAGGAGCAGAAAAGGCAAAAGACAGCAGCAGUCGAGGCAGCAGCUGCUGCUGCAGCAGCGGAAGCAGCCGCAGCAUCGGCAGCCGCAGCAGCAACAUCUGCCCAGGGUGCCAUACAAGGAGUGGUGGUUGGCGGAGGACCACCUCAAGGCUUCCUCAUUUGUGAUCAGAGUGGAAGGGUUAUUCAACAAGAUGCACAAACUGUUCAAUUUUGGCAAGAUGGACAAGUGGUCCAAGCUGUGGUGUCUGCCAGACCUAUUCAUAGUUCUGUGUCAGAAAUGUCUUUAAGAAGCACCGAAAAACAAGCUGACUCAAAGAUUAUGAAGAAGCAAAAUUCUAUGCCCCGUCUUAGAGACAGCACAGAAGAUGAUUCUGUGAAGAUAGCAGACAGUUGUAUACAAACAGAUGAUGAAGAUGGAGAGGAACGUUUCAUAAACCGCCGAAGAAGAACAAGACGCAUUGCAGACUGCAGUGUGCAGACUGAUGAGGAGGACCAGACAGACUGGGACCAGCAGCCAGUGAGGCGCCGGCGCUCACGUAUUUCAAAGCACUCAGACUCCAGUGGUGAGACUAAAUCAGAUGGGUCAUCAAGAGCAAUAUCUGCAAGUAUAGCUAUUCAAACCUCAAAUGACUCCUCAUGCCAGACAGAACCUGAUCAACUUGGUAGGGUUUCGCCAGCUAUUCAUAUCACUAUGGUAGAAAGUUCAAAAGUUGACCUAUUACAUUACAUAGCAGCUCCUGAGAGGACCCACAAGGGGGAAAGUCUUGCUUGUCAGACUGAACCAGAGUCACACUCUCAAGGUGUAGUUGCUCCUCAACUCAGUGUCCCCACAACAAUUAGUCCAUAUUCUACAAGUAUGCACAUAGUUAGUGCAAAUACAUGUGAGACAAACUCCCCAAGACUACAAGGAGUUGCCAAGUUUGAGAGACGGAAACCUGACCCUUUGGAAAUCGGUUAUCAGCCACAACCAAAUGAAUGUCAUCGCCAGCCCCCCAAAUCUCCUCAGGUUCUGUACUCCCCAGUGUCUCCAUUGUCUCCUCAUCGUAUGUUGGAGACAACAUUUGCCUCACAAGAGAAGCUAAACAAAGCCCAUGUCACACCCCAGCAAAAGGCUUUCACUGCUGAAUCGCCACAACGCCAACAGUCUCUACCAAGACCGAUAAAAAGUGUGCAACGUUCCAUGUCUGAUCCAAAGCCUCUCAGCCCCACAUCAGAGGAUCCUGGAAAGAACAGAUUUUCUCCAUAUCAUCAGCAAGCUGUGUCCAGCAGUCAGCAGAUGGCCACCCUGCAGCAGCAGAACGCUGUGAUGAGGAAGGUAAAGAGAACUCUUCCCAGCCCCCCUCCCGAAGAGUCUCCGGUCCCCAUAGUUACUCCAGCACAAAUUUACAGUUCUCCUGGCAUGCCCCAGAGGGUUUUGCCUCGACCUGCACAAGGAGUCACCAAAGCAGGCUUGCUUAGUGAACUGAAGGCUGUGGAACAAGAGUCGUCAAAGCUACGGAAGCAGCAAGCCGAACUGGAGGAAGAAGAGAAAGAGAUUGAUGCCAAAUUACGUUACUUGGAAUUGGGCAUCACUCAGCGUAAGGAGACCAUGGUAAAGGAACGGGAGAGAAGAGAGCUGGCUUACUUGCGUUGUAUGGGCGAUGCUCGGGACUACAUGUCAGACAGUGAGCUCAACAACAUCAGGAUGGGAACUGCAACAGCAACCUUUGAUGCCAAUGGUUUGCUUUCAAGGCCCAGCACUGCGCCAAUGAGUCCGUUUACUAACGAUCCUACUGCAACAUCCCAGUAUUCCUCAACCUCUUCCUAUAUGUCUUAUCCUUACUCUCAAAAUCAACCAUCUUCACAACAGCCAGGUUCCUACCAUCAGAUUGGUUUCCAACCUCCUCAGUACCCAUCAUCCUCUGCUCCCCAGCCAGGCACAUUCCAGCCCCACCCUCCUCCAGGCCCUGGCUACCAGAACCAGGGAAACUAUUCCUCACGUGUGUAUAGCCAAACCUCUUACCAAACAGACCUUGGCAUGCAUCAGCAUGGUCACCAGGCCUUCCAUCCACCAAAUCAGCCUAUGCCAGGCCAAAGCCUUCCAUAUCCUAGCCACAGCUCAUACCAACCUGGACUAUCUUAUCCAACCCAGGCUGAUAUCCUCACAGUACACCAAAGGCCAAGGCAAACCUCUUUGGCUGACCUAGAGCAAAAACUUCCCACAAAUUAUGAGGUCAUCAGCAAUCCAGCAGUCUCGGUGGCCACGUCGGCUCCAGAAACAGUAUAUGGUUCUGCCUACAGCAAUGCGUAUGGACAAUAUCGCCACUCUGAGCCGGGCCUUACUCACUCUGGUGACAGCCCAACAUCUGCUUAUGUUUCAGAUGAACAUUACACCUCUAACUUAGAACAGAACAUUCCAAGGAAUUAUGUAAUGAUAGAUGACAUCAGUGAGUUGACAAAAGACAACACUGGUCCGGCCACUGAUGCCCUAGGUCCACCUGUAAGUGGGCGAUAUCGCAGUGAGAAUGGUCCUGGACGUGGCAGUCCCUAUGGUAGACCUGAAGAUGAGUCAGUGGAUGCUUAUGGUAGACCCACUGGAACAAUGGGUUACCAGAACACAGCAGACAGUCGUACAAGCACCACAGUUAGCGGAGGUUCUUAUUAUUAUGAUGACUACAAACACUCUUCACGGAGCAGUCACAAAGUCUCACCCAAAAAUCUUGCCCCUGCCGUUGUCUCUUCUAAACGUAGUAAGCACCGAAAACAGGGAAUGGAGCAGAAAAUAUCAAAAUUUUCUCCUAUUGAGGAAGCUCGAGAUGUGGAGGCAGACCUAGCGUCCUACACGAUGACAACUUCGACAGGAGGCAGUUGUACUGUGGUGUCCAGGUCUAAGAAACAGGACGAAUUAGCAUAUGGUAUGAAAAGGAAUGCAUAUGACCAGCAGAAAUAUUAUGGCACCAGUCGCGAGGGUCUUGAGGAAGAAGAUCGCAUGUACAGUUCUGGUAGGUCCAGGUCUACAGGAUACGGCAUGGAUAAGAUAUCUUCCCGAGAUGCCUCAGGUCACAGAAGUAAAUCCUAUGAGAGGGAUGCCAUGGAGCGUUCUCAGCGAAGCAGCCGCAGUGGAAGGCCACCCAUACGCAAUCAGAAUUCAGAGGAAGAGAGUCCAAUCAGUCCUGUCGGUAAACCUGUAGGUAUUGGACGGAGCUCUGGUGUUCCAAAUGCUCAUGAUGUGAGAAACCAGUAUGGGUCCAGUCAUUCGCUUCCAGAUGUGCAGGACCACCAUAAGAAGGACCUUCCCAGGAGUCAUGUGUAUAAACCAGAUGACCCUUACCUUGUAGACGACAUGAACUGUGCUGUUUCUGACAGUGAAGCCUAUCAUUUGGGUCAAGAGGAAACUGAUUGGUUUGAAAAGCCUCGGGAGGCCCGAUCAGAACGUUCAAGACAUCACAGAGGUGGAAGUCAGUCAUCUUCAGGUAGGCGUACAAAGCACACCUACCAUGACUAUGAUGAUCCCUCAGAGGAAUACGGACCCCAGGAUGACAACCAUCAAAGGCAUUCCUCCUCUGCAUCUUCACGGGACCAGCGAUAUCAUGGCAACAGCUCUGGGAGGCACAACUCUUCUCGACAUGUCUCAGAAGAUCCCAGAUCUUCUCGUUCCUCCAGGACACACCCAAAAGACACAUCAGGAAGAUCUGACGGCAGAAGCUCGUCAUCUGCUCAAAGAAGGGGUGGACCGGACUCCCGUUCAACCCAAGGAAGUCCCCGUAAUUCAGGGGACUUCUCUCGUGACCCGGCCGCUGGCCAUCACCACGGCACUGGGGGACGGAGCCAGAGGCAACCAGGAGAACGCACAAGAAGACAGGAUCCCCCUAAUUCAGGCUCUAAGAUGCAGCAGCAGGGGCAUGUUGGGCAACAGCGGCCAAGUGUUCCAAGCCAGUCGGGAAGACAUCCAGUUUCUGAGCCUCUUGAUGGUACUCAGCAACCCCAACAGCAGCAGCUAAGUGCACAACAGCAGCAGCAGCUGCCACAACAGCACAGUCAGCCCCCUGCUAGCAGCCAGCCAACAACUACUGUAGGAACUGGAUCACCGCAGCAGCAGCCACCGAAAACAAGCCAUGCACAAACACAGGGAGGUCUAUCAGGAGGAGGCUCUGCAGCAGGGCAGCCAGCAACAACAGCGGUGAAGAUGGAUGCCACACCGUCAGCAACUUCCAUAGGAAUGAAGCCUACAAUGGCCAUCCCAACCAUACCUCAGACUACAAAAACAACUCCACCCCCUCUAACCGGCAUUGGCUCAAAAGCUGCCCCUGUUGGGAUCGGCAGCAAAGCUGGUGGUAUUGGCAGUGCUGCAGCUGGACAAGCACCUGCUGAAGGGGAAAACGUUUUGACCAAAAUUCUGCAAGGAGGUGCAGCAGAGCAGGCGGGAAAAUUAGGAGACGCUCUGUCUGGCCUUGGGAAGAAAUUCACUUCAUUCUUUUGA